AUGUGUGAUAAAGCUGCAUAUGACAAGCAAAGCAAGUGCUCUUAUCUUCUUAAGAAGUUGCAAAAUUUCUCUCUCCAUGACAAGAUUGUGGAUGAAGGUGACAGUAUUGAGCAGUUGACUCAAAUCAUUGGUGUGGUCAGUGGCUGUGAUGAAGGUCAAGCCUAUUUGAAAGCUGUACAACAACAUGUUGUGCAAGCAGUGAUAGGGCCAUUAGAAGGCUCUGGAGCCCACUUUAUCUUUCUACCUCCUGAAGGUGAUUUGUUUUAUGAAUCAAAUGCUCUCUAUCUCUUAAGUCUCCUGGCUUUUCAAACUGGAGACACUGCUUGUUUGGAGGAAAUUGCAAGCUUCCCUCAAGGUUAUCCUAGAGAUGGUUAUUUGAUGAUCAGUGUUGGAGUGAUGUUAAAUCAGAGAAUGAAGUAUAAGCUUGGCGAAAAAUGUUUUUUAAGUGCAUUGAGUUACUUUGAACAUAAACAGAAUCAUCUGGGCACUGUUGUUGCUACUGUGAAUUUGGCAGCCUUCCAUAAGAUCUGUGGAGACUAUCAGAAAGCUCAGUCUUAUUGUAUUGCUGCAGUUGGGUUGUGCUGGGAUUUUACAAGGACCCCAGCAACUGAUGUUAAUUUGAAAGUAGUAUUCAGACUUGCUAUCUUGUCUCAAGAACUCAUAGACCACAAAAGUUAUCAUGGUAUUCUGAGAGUUGCUGUGAAAUUUGAUAUUGACCAGAUUAGUGAUGCUUUCGUAGUGAAGUACAUGAAGCAGCUGAUGACUUUGCAACUGAAAGAACAUGAAGGUGAACAGAUUAAACAUGACGAAUUGGAAGAAUUUGCCCUGCAACUCAUUGGAGCAGAUGCAUUCCCAAAAACACAGCCACUGAAUGCUGACUUCAUAGUAACUUUUAUGAUGUUGGCAGACAUGUAUUGCUCUAUCAAGUGCUUCAAAGAGGCUAGGCAGUUGAUCCACAAGUUGGAGUCAACAUUCCUGCAUGUCUAUGGUGGAAAUUGCCCACUCUUUGGUUUCUUACAGUACAAAAUUAGUCACUUCAAAUAUAUUUAUGGAGAGGUUAGUGAGGCACAGAAUAGUCUCAUUAAAGCUGAGCAAAUUUUCAUCCACUACUUUGGUAUAGAACAUCACAUGGUUGGAUCAUGCAAGAGUCUACAGGGUGCGUGUGCCUUGCAGAAAGGAAAACAAGAGGAGGCCCAUUAUUGUCUAAAGGAGGCUCGUAAUGUUUUUGAGAGAAUAAAUCACCACCACCCAAAAGUAGGCGAAAUUAUUUUAAAGUUUGCUCAUCAGGAGAGUGAGGAUGGAAAUUUUGAGAAUGCUAAAUUAGCCAUUGAAGAAGCAUUGGAAAUGUUCAUAUUGUCUUGUGGUAAGGUCUCCCUUCAGACAGCCCUUGCCUAUCUUCAAGGUGCAUCUAUUCUGCAAAGGAAAGGAGAAUUCAUGCAGUCAGCUUUGGACAAAGUGAAGAAAACCACUCACAUCUUUAUACUCCAUGGCUUGCGCCAUGAUCAUCCAGAUGUUGCCUUCUGCCGCUGUUUACAAGGCCAGUUAUUGCACUCCCUAGGUCAAGUCAAAGAAGCUGAAGAGGAGUUUCUCUUUGUACAUCAUCAGCUAUCAUCACAGGAUGACUUGUCUAUGAAGACCAAGGUUAUUGCCCCUGAACUUUAUCGAAUGUUCUUUUUGGUAGACGCUGAUGGUCUUGCCCUGAGAGGUUCUCACUGUUCCCACUUUCUUUCUCUUGUCAGUCUGGCUCAUAUGAAAACAGGAGAUGAAAAAAUGGGUCAUAUGAGAGAAAUUUACAGCUGUUUAGAAGAGCUAGACUCCAAGUUCCUGACAGUUUCAGAUUAUUUGGGCAAACAUGUGCACUGUGCAUUGCAGAGAAUUUUGGAGGCUGAUAUCCAGGUUUCUUGGAUUUUGAUUCCUGAUUCUGCUAAACUACUAGAGUUCUUCUCAUCACCAUACAGUGGUAAGGAAGGGAGGCCAUUAAGAGAUUAUGAAGAUGUGUACUUGAUGUCAUCAUGCAGAGACAAUGGAAAGAGGCCACAUUUUCUUCUCUUCUGGAAGACAUCAGAUGUCUUGGAAACAGGAGACUUAGGCUGUGUUACCUCUUCCUUCCGUGAAAGUGUUAAACUACUGUGUCUACAACCCAAGUUUAGAAAAACCUUUCAUGAGAAACAAGAGUUUUUCAUGAAGCUGCCAAUUCAAGAGCAAUCACCUGCUCUACCUUCCCUCUCUUCCCGAAUUGACUCUCUUCCACUUCUAGUCGAGUUAGAGUUAUCAAAAUUGCACAACCAGCGUGAUAGCAUUGUUAGUUCUCCCACUGCAUCUCCUCUUUGGCCUUUGGCACAUGUGUCCUACAUUUCCUAUAGAUUUUCUUCAUCUGAUAAGGCACUGCUUGUUUUUUACAAGUGUAUUUCAAGUUUAGGUAGAACACUUGAAUUGUCUGAGGUGCUCAGCAUUUCAACUCCUAAGGACCCCUUGGUUUUACAGAGGAAUUGUGCAGUCCACUUUACUUUUUUGGACCCCAUCUGUGCCUCCUUGUCUCUUGCUGUUGAGGAAGGAUCUGUUUAUGUAAAGUGUCGAGCUGUAAAAGAAAGUGGGUCAACUUGUAUUUGUUCCUCUGUGAGAAGUGCUUUGAAGAGCAUCACAGAGUCUCUUGAAUCUGAUUUUAGAGGAUCAGUCUUUGAACAAACUCUAUGUUUACCGUGUGUGGAGGAUGGUGGUGGAAAUUGUAAGAAGCCAUCCAAAUGUUAUUGUCACUGUAAGGACUUUCAAGAUGAAUCUUCCUGCAAUUCUGACCAAAAGUUGGCUUUACAUGAACAAACCAAUUGGGAACCAGAAUCUGAUGUGCUUAAGAUAGGAACAUCUGUUGACCUGUCACAGACUGAGGAUACUAAAAGCUCAUCAUUCAUUGUCCACUCUGAAGACAAGAUUGGUACUGAUGUUUGUGUAAACCUUUUGGAGUGUAUUUUGAGAAACAGACAGUUAUAUUUAGAAGUACAACUUUCUGGCAUAAACAAUGGAUUAUAUACUACUGAUGGUACAGAAGAACAUGUUAACUCUCUUUUAACUCCUGUGUCAACAAAUGAAAAACCAGAGUUUAUGCAGAAAGCUUUGCCAUCUGUGGAGAAUGUCCAUGGGGAAACAUAUUCAGGAAAAGAGACAGGUAAUAUCUCAGACACAUCAUCAACUUCACAGGCAAUCUUUGUCAGCAGUCACUACCAUGAGAGUGCAGCAGUGAAGUCAAAUUGUGAGGAGGGUUUAAUUGCAGAGUAUCAUCCUAGCUUAGAAACCAAAGACAAUUUGCCACAAAAUGAAAUUCCUCAAGAGACUUGCAGUGUUCAAAGCAUUGAAGCAUGCUCUAACAAAGAGGAGUCAAGGGAGAAUCGCAGAAUUGAAUUUUUUCAUAGUCCUGAACUUCCAUUGGCCACAGAGAAUGGUAAAGGCACCAUUCCCAAUGGCAACCUGAUCUGUGAAUUGCAAGAUGAAGUCGUGUUCUACCAGGAUCAAUGCUAUGAACUAAGAGAAGAAUUAAUAAAAUUGAAAGAGAAGUUGAAGCUCUGUGAGGAGGAGAAACAAGGUCUUCAAGCUGAAGUAGGAAGACAGUUAUUUUUGGAAAGCAAAGAAAGACGAUGCAGCAAAAAGGUUUAUCAACCCCCCAGUAAACAUGCCAGUGGAAGGAGUAAGCCUGUUGGAGUUAGAGGUGCAUCCCAUGACUUUUCAGGUACGGAUGCUAAGCUGCUUGGUGGUGUAAAUCCUUUAGACAAAGCAGGUUUCUCGAUUCAACAAAGACUUCAGGAGAUCUCACUUUCCCUAUCAGAAUUGGAACUAAGCAGAAUGAAGAAGCUUGUUCAACCCAUAUUGGAUGGCUUUAGACUUGCCAGGAUCAGGGAGUGCUCAGAGUUGUUUGAGGAAUUAGAAAGAAGAGGGGAGUUUUCCUGUUCCUUUGUUAGAGAUCUUCUAGAAAGAAUCCAUCGUUUUGAUCUUGUAGAGAAACUUGUUGAACCUUUUCAUAAUGGUGAAGAAUCAUCUAGAAGGGAAUAUUGUUCACCUCAAGAGAGCAAACAACUGGAUGACAUGUCUGAAAGUGUUUCUGGUGUCAAUAGUAAACAAUGUGAUGAAGUGGAAGAAGGGAAAGAAAUAUUUGACAACACUGAAGUUGAUGAAGAGCACAAAGUUUGCAACAAUUCCAACAUAAACUCAUUUAACAGUGAUAGUGAGGGAGCUGCUCUCACUUUUCAUACAGAGAAUGCAAGUGGCUCAAAUUUUUUCGGUGAUGUGGAUCUGUCAGAAGAGAGAUACGAUUCAGCCUCAAGCUUGUCUCAGUCAUUUGAUGUGCCAAGUAUUGGAUUGGAAUCUCGAGAGAGGUCUUGGUCACCUUCAUUUACAAGUGAACAAUUUGACCUUGAAAAGCUGAAAGGAGCAUGUGCUGCUAAUGGCAAAAGGGACAAAGAAGUUACACAUGAUUUUUCUUUUCCUGAUGGUGCAGAGACACAGUUUUAUUCUCAUCAUCACUUAAAUGACAAUGUAGAUGGUGCAGUUAAUUUACCAGAUAGAGCCC